CGCAGUCUCCUUACUCGAAACAAAAACAAUUUAUAACUUCUGAUCUUGAAGCUAUUGGUCGGCAGUAUAAGUAGUGUAAUUCUACACUAAAGGCCCUCUAGCAAGGACUAUAUUGUCCAAGAGAUACGAGAGCAUCAAUGUUCAAAAACUUYGGCGAAAAAAAGAGAUCAAGGAAKGAUAUUUUGUUAUUUACGUUUUGUGUAGCUUAGUUACACAGGGUUACAUCACUUGGCUUUGAUUAUAGACAAUUCUCACCUGUGCUAUUGGACAUCAAAUGCAGUGUUAAAAGGAUCAAUAUUCAACGACUCUUGGCAAAAUACAUGUAUAUGAAUUCAACGAACAGAAUUCGACCUUUCUACAUCUUUAGUAGUCUAAAUUGAAUUCUCACAAAGAAAGUAUUCCUUUGAAAAGACUAAAAGUAAAGCCUGUUGGGGCUCAAUACAACAAAAACUGCAUGGUUUGAAGGAUUCUUCUACUCCACCCAAGGACUCAAUUAAUGCUUCGUACAAUGCAAGCAGUCACUGUAGGCCUGACAGGGAAACCAUCCCUCGACCGAGGUGAGGUGUACGGGCGUGGCGACGAGGGAGAUUCAUACGAGCGCCCUGUCUCAAGACUCGGUAGUGCACGUGUCAAGAUCAACGUUCGAGGAAUGAUCUUCGAYACGUACGAAGAAACUCUAGCACAAUAUCCACAAACUCUUUUAGGAAAUCCCAGCAAGAGACGUCAGUAUUUUGAUCCUAUCAAUGGRCAAUACUGCUURGAUCGKAACAAGUUCCUUUUUGAUUCGAUUCUCUUCUUUUAUCAAUCACAUGGAAUCCUGGCUUUUCCAGAAGACAUACCCAAGGAAUCAUUCAUUGAUGAAAUUCGCUUUUUUCAACUUCAGGAGGUCGAUGAACGAAUUAAAAAAGAAAUCGAUUUAGUUAGUGAUACUGACGASGAGGAGGAAAUUGUUCUACCGCGUAAUAACAUCAAAAAGGCGAUUUGGCUGUUGCUAGAAUACCCAGACUCCUCAGUCUUGGCUGAGCUUCUUGCAAGGUUCUCCGUGUUUAUAAUUCUUGUUUCAACUGUAACGUUUUGCUUGGAAACAGURGAGUCAAUCAGUCAUGUUACCGUCAGCGUAUGCGCGCAAAACCAAAACAAAAGCAUACGYCCUAUCGACGAUWCAGAAAAUAACUGCUACCAAAGCCGUACYCAUGAACUAUGGCAUACAAUCGAGGCUGUGUAUGUGGCUUGGUUUACAUGUGAAUACGUAAUACGUUUGCUCAGCGCUCCCAACGCGUGUAAAUUCGCCAAAUCACCGAUAGGACUGGUUGAUGUUUUAGCUAUUCUACCUUACUAUGUGACRGUYAUUAGUCGGGGAAGCGUCAGRGCGAUUCCCGUCUUGGGGAUCAUUCGUCUUCUUCGAGUUGUUCGACUAUUAAAACUCUCGCGGUACAGCCGAGGGCUAAAAAUGUUAGGRAGGACCCUGGUGCUUAGUGCCCAGGACCUCCCUUCUAUGUUCGUCGUCAUGGUGAUCAACAUUAUAUUAUURUCAAGUGUGGUGUAUCAUGCCGAGGUUAAUUUGGAGGAAUCUGACUUUCAAAGUAUCCCGGAUGCGUUUUGGUGGUCGGUGAUCACCAUGACAACGGUAGGCUACGGGGACCAGGUGCCGAAAGGCAUUGUGGGAAGGCUGGCUGGUGCUCUAUGCGCCGUGUCUGGUAUUGUGAUACUWUUUUGUUUUCCYGCACCUGUARUGCUGUCGCACUUUGAAGAGAUUUACGGUAUAAAUGAUAAACACAAAGAAGGGAAAAAUAAUACGAAGUCGUCGACUAAGAAAGAAAUCAGAGUUGGAGAAAAUACAAGUAUUACCGAGUAUUCAAAUAACUUUGAAAAAUCUCCCACUAUGCAACGUGGGUAAACAUGUAUGUCCCAGCAUGCAAUGUGGGGAAGCAUAUCCCAUCAUGCAACUUGGUUUAAAAUCUCCCAGCAUGCAACGUGGGUUAAAGUCUCCCAGCAUGCAACGUGGGUUAAAAUCUCCCAGCAUGCAACGUAGUUUAAAGACUCCCAGAAUGAAAUGUGGGUAAACAUUUUCCCAUUAUGUAACGUGAGUAAAAAUCUCCCAAGAUGGUAUUAUAUUACCGAUCAGAACUGAAACCCUUGUGACUACCAUUAUCCCUUAAUUCUCAAUGUUUCAAUGUUUUAGGUAUUUCGCUGCAAUAUAGGACAUUUGCACGAAAUUACAAAAUACAGCAUA